CAUAGAAUGAGUUACUGGUUACAUGAAGCUGGUAGUGGCUUGCUGCAGUGAGAGAGCAAUCUAUCAGUUCGCAGUCAUGAACACCGCUGUGUUGAUCCGUGGAAUGAAAGGCGUCCUGAUAUUUUCCGUUGUGCUCAUGGUUGGUUUCAGUUUAUACAACCCUGUGAUCGUCAUGAAGAAGAAAUUGACAUUCUUGUCAUACUUCGAUGAGUUUGUGUGGCGUUCCAAGGUUCCACCAGCCGCAAUAAAUUCCAGGAACUUGACUACGGCUGAGGUGCUCAGUGGUCAGCCCAGAGCAGAGCCAACUCCGCAGCCCUGCCAUCCGAACCCUGCUUUCAACAGCCUGACCUCCAAGCUCAAGCCAAUCUACAAGGACUUCAUGAUGUACCGACAUUGCAGGAACUUCCCUCUCCUGCGCAAGGCUAGCAGCUGCGACAGGGAAGGCACCUUCCUGCUGUUGGCAAUUAAGUCGCUGGCGGAGCACGCGGACCGCCGGGCAUCCAUCCGCAGCACCUGGGGGCAGGAGCGAGUGGUUGAAGGGGCAUUAGUGCGCCGCGUCUUCCUCCUGGGCCUCACGGAGCGCCAGAUCCGUUCGCAAGCUGUGCAGGCCCUGGUGGACCAUGAGAGCAAGCAAUACAACGACAUCAUCCAAUGGGGCUUUCGCGAGUCCUUCUUCAACGUCACGCUAAAAGAGACCCUCUUCUGGCAAUGGUUCUCCCAGGACUGCCGGGCUGUGAAGUUUGUCUUCAAGGGUGACGAUGAUGUGUUUGUUAACGUGGAGAAUGUCGUGGAUUUUUUAAAGGAACACAAUCCUUCCCGUGACCUUUAUGUCGGGGAUGUCUUCAGAAACUGGUACCCGUCCAGGGCCGAGAACAGCAAGUACUACAUCCCACUCUUUCUGUACGGCAACAAACCUUACCCUCCCUAUGCUGGCGGGGGUGGUUACCUGUUGUCUGGAAUGUCAAUCCUCAAGCUACACAAGGCCGCCGAAUUUGAGGAGCUCUUUCCCAUCGAUGAUGCUUUUGUGGGAAUCUGUGCCCAGAAGGCCAACAUUGAAGUGAUCAUGCACAGAGGCUUCCGUACCUAUGGGAAUAUUCCGUACGACCCAUGCAUUUACCAAGGAUUAAUGGUCGUUCACCGAGUGAUGCCCAAUGAAUUGUGGCUGAUCUGGAGCUUGCUAAAGAUUAACACAAAGCCGUGCAGUCAUUUCACAAGAGUCUUCGUUAAACCAUGAAGAAAUGGCUCUAUCUGUGCCAUUAACUACUUGACAGCAACACUCGAGCCUUUGGAUUCGAGCAGAAGACACUAAAGACAAAUCAGAGGUGGGAGAUGUGUUCUGCUGCUCUCUGAAUCCUUCCCAUGCUCCAUUGAAAUGUUCUGAAUGUUGGUCUUGCUGAGGACAGCUAAUUGGACACCAAUCAGCUGCUCUGUGAAUGUCUAGCCCAAGGUCUGACACCUGACUUUUGUCUUUUGGAGCAAGGUGCGUACCCGUUAGCUCUGGCCACCCUGUAUAUCAAAGAGCAAAGGAUCCCUCCUGGUAU